AUGAAAUUCACAAAUUGUGGAUAUCCACAGUACGUGAAUCCGUAUAAUUUAAUUGAGCCACGUGAUGAGAAGAGGAAAAUAUGGGAGAUUUCAAAACUUUAUGUAAGAAUGCCCAGGAAAAGACUAAUUGACGUUUUAAUAAAUGAUAUUUGGAAAGCUCGAAAGUUAAAAAGUGGAGAGAAGCAGUUCGGGACGUCGAAGUUUAAUUACGAAAGCAAAAAACUCUCAGAAAGAAUCACGGCAUUAGAAAUAAAUGGAGAUGUUUGUUAA